AUGGACGGUCCAGUUGAAGCUACUAAGCAGUUGUUUGUUAGACCUUUGAGAAACGAUGUCACUCGUGAAGAAGUUCAAGAUCAUUUUUCCAGAGCUGCACCAGUUGUUGAAGUGCGCUUGAUGGAAGGCUAUGCUUUUGUUACAUUUGAAAAUGAAGAUGAUUCAAAACAAGCUUUAGAAUUACUUAAUGACGCCGAAUUCAAUGGAGAAAAGUUACAAAUUGAAUUUGCCAAAGAAAAAAGAGAGGAUACACGUGGUAAAUAUCGUCUUUUGAUCACCAAUUUGGCAGAAGGUACUGCAUGGCAGGACAUCAAGGAUUUUGUUAGAGAAAAGACCGACAGUCAACCAAGUUAUGUCAAGGUCUUCACCAACUACGAUAAUGGUGAAACCACCUGUAGUAUGCAAUUUCAAAGCCGUGAAGACUUGGAUAGAGCUAUUCCAUUGUUGGACAAAGCUGUUUUCAGAGAUAUCACUAUUGGUGCUGAAGAAGACACCAGUCCAUACGUUCCACCACCACCAAGAGACAGAGGAAGAGGAGGUUUCAGAGGAAGAGGAAGAGGUGGAUUUGGUUUCAGAGGGGGAAGAGGUGGCUAUGAUCGUUACGAUAGAGGUGGAUUCCGUGGAGGAAGAGGUGGUUUUGAUAGAGGAUUCGAUAGAGGUGGAUUUAGAGGGGGAAGAGGUGGUUAUGACAGGGGUGGAUUCAGAGGGGGAAGAGGUGGAUUUGAUAGGGGCGGAUUCAGAGGUGGAAGAGGUGGAUUCGACAGAGGUGGAUUCAGAGGUGGAAGAGGCGGGUAUGACAGAGGUGGAUACGAUCGUGAUAAUUUCAACGACAGAGGUGGAUCAUAUGACCGUGAAAGAUCUCCUACUCGUUUUUAA